AAUUUAAAGGCAAAUUUUAGGAAAGCGGGGCGGAAAUUGGCGGCAACAGCAUUAGUACAGAGUCCAUCAAAAAUCCCAAUCGCGAAUCUAGGGUUCGGCCACCGGCCAAAAUGUUCGGAGCUCAGCCCUCGUCAGCUGCAUUCGCCACCCCUUCCUCCACCCCCGCCUUCGGCACGCCUUCAACUCCAGCAUUCGGCAGCUCACUAUUUUCGACACCGUUUUCGCAACUAUCCCAACCCCAACAGCAGCAGCAAACCCCGUCGCUGUUUCAGACACCUCAACCUCAACAACAGCAAAGUCCGUUCGGUUUUACGACGCCGUUCAAUGCCGCAUCGCAAGCGCAACCGACUCCGUUUAACAAUGCGCUGCCGGCGACGAAUUUUGUGAACUCGCAGUUGACUACUCAGAUGGCGCCAGUUGCUCCACUCCCGUUUUCUCUGGCGGAUCGUGAUAUUCAAGCGAUUGUGGAUGCGUACAAGGAGGAGCCUGGGAACCCUAAGUAUGCAUUCAAGCAUCUACUGUUUAGUGUCACUGAACCUCAGUACAGGAUAAAGCCUGCUGGUGUAUCUGAUAUUAUGUGGGCAGAGGCAAUAGCAAAGCUAGAAGGCAUGGAGAGUUCCAAACGAGAGCGUUUGUGGCCUCAUCUUGUGCAGGGAUUUAAAGAUCUUUCCCAGCGUCUCAAGCUCCAAGAUGAAGUCAUACUCUCAGAUUCUGAGAGACUGAAGAUGACACAGAGCAAUGUAAAGAUGCUCCAAAGACAUUUUCAAGCUGACACCCUUCCCUGGAUCCAAAGGAUGCAACAGAAAGAGCAAGGGCUUCAAAGACGUCUUUUAAGGAUAAUGAGAAUAAUAGAGGCAUUGGAGGGUAAAGGCAGUCGUCUUCCUCUUAUGAAAGGAGAGGUAGAAUUAGCAGAGAAGUUGGCUGCAAUAACCAGACAGUUAAAAGGAUCUGGAGCGGAACUUUCUAGACGGGUACAGAAUCUUCUCACAUUGUCACGCCUUCAAGCAGAUGGGCUAAAUGGUGGCUCGGUUUAUCUGCCAGGAUCAACCAAAAUUCAUGAACAAAGUCUGGCUGACAUGCAGGAGGUCUUGCAACGGCAAACAGAGGCUAUUGCUAGACUCGGAAAUGUGCUGAAGCGAGACAUGCGAGAUAUGGAAAUCAUAAUGGCUGAAGAUACAGAAAUGAGUGAAGGCUAGAAAGAGGCACUUGCAAAUUACAAUCUCACAAACAGUCAUCUCCCCCUCAUCCUUUUCCUUGUAUUUUCCCCUCUAUCUCUUUGUCGUCUCUUCUUUCCAUUAUAACUAAAUAGGUCGAAAGUAUUUGUUGCAUGUUGACCAGAAAAUUAUACAUGUGUGUGAACUACAUUAAGACAAAUUCCAUAUGGAAAUAUCUCAUCAUCUCUUCC